ACUACCGGCGCUAACUGUUAGCUGCAUGAACGUGUUGAAUUAGCUGGAAAACGACAGUCGCAGCACAGAUAGUGAUUUAUUUUGUAAUAAAGCAACAAUGUCUUCAGCAGAGUAUCUGAGAGAGUUUGUUAAUGAGAGACUAACUGCUGCUGCUCAAGAAAUACUCGGAGUUUUUCAUAAAACUAUCGUCAAGUACGAAGAAGAGAUCGACCGUCAGAGGAGGCUGUUGGAUGUCGUUUGGAAACCUGAAAUAAGGCUACACAGGAUAGAGCUCCCACAGCAACAUGUCUGUAAGGAGGGGGAGGUUCUCUCUGAGCAGCAGCUCUGUAUUGAGGAGAGGAACUCCAGUGUGGACCAAGAGGAGCCAGAGCCUCCACAGAUUAAAGAGGAAGAGGAGGAACUCUGCACCAGUCAGGAGGGAGAGCAGCUUGUACUGAAGCAGGAGACUGAUGCCUCCAUGUUGACUCCUGCUCAUGAGGAAAGAGACCACAGUGAAGAUCAGACUCUGAACUUCAGUCCUGAUGACACUGUGAGCACAGCACACGAAGAGUCUGUAGGGAACAUGCCAGUUAUAAACUCUGUGCGAUCAGAAGCAUACAGUUACCACCAGCUCCUCUCUCACAACUCUCAUGAAGCUGAGAGCCAAGAUCAGAGAGGAGACAAACAUGGAGACUCAGGAGCAACUAGCAAUGCAGAACCAAAACCAAAGAGAAGUCGUCGCAAAAGCAGAAGACAAGACCACAGUGAAAACAACUCAGACUCAUCAGAGAUCCACCGUGAUACCGACACAGGUGAGAAGUCUUUCAAAUGUGAAAAAUGUGGGAAAGACUUUAAGUUUCCGUCACUUUUGUGGAAACACGCGAGAGUCCACACAGGUGAGAAGCCGUGCCUUUGCAAGACCUGUGGGAAAAGAUUCUGUGACCUGGCGGUUUUGAAAAGACACGAAAGAAUCCACACAGGUGAGAAGCCAUAUACUUGUAAAACAUGUGGGAAAGAUUUCAGACUUAAUAGUGACUUGUUGGUCCAUGUGAGAACCCACACUGGAGAGAAGCCGUUCUCCUGCAAAACAUGCGGGAAAGAUUUCCCCUACAAUAGCGAGUUAAAAAUCCACAUGAGAGUCCACACAGGUGAGAAACCAUAUUCUUGUAAAACAUGUGGAAAAGGAUUCAGACGUCGUGACGGCUUGCUGAUCCACACGAGAAUCCACACAGGUGAGAGGCCGUUUAUUUGUAAAACAUGUGGGAAAGAUUUCAAACUUAAACAUGAGUUAACAAUCCACAUGAGAAGAGCCCACACCGAUGAGAAGCCGUACCUUUGCAACACCUGCGGGAAAAGGUUCUAUGAGACGUCGGUAUUAAACAGGCAUUUGAGAAUCCACACAGGUGAGAAGCCUUACACUUGUAUAACAUGUGGGAAAGAUUUCAGAUGGAACUAUGCAUUAACAGUCCACAUGAAAAGAGCCCACACUGAUAAGAACUCACACAAGUGAAGAGACACAUAAUGGCAGCAUUUAAAGGAAAAGUUUUACUCAGAUCACAUACUUGAAAGAAAUACCAGAGGACCAACAUACGAAGGAGAAACCAUUGAGCUGAAACUCCUGUGGAGACGUGUUCACUAACUGAAUGAAACACUCGUGCAGGUGUUGCAUCUCUGUAACAGAAUAUACAUUGCUUUAAAUAAAUAUGAGAUGAAUAUCUUGCUGUAAAGUUUCCCUUCACGACUACAUUGUUUUUAUUUCCGUUUGGUAAGUGUUUAUGUGAAACAACUGUAAUCUACCAAAUUACGGUAAAUGUUAGUUUCACAGUGAGUGCGCAGACUUUAGAUUGAUGACGUGACAGCAUUUGCCAGGUGUCAGAUUUAUUUUUACAUGUAGUUACUGUUAAUAAAUUCCUUGUAUUUAAAAUGUGCUGGUUAACAUCCAUAUUUUUUAAAUACACGGUAAAUACAUGAACUCUAUUAAAGCAAAUAAGGUAAAUUCUAUGAGCAUUAAUUAAAUAAAUUCUCAUUGUCUACUCACGUCAGUUUGAUUUAAUUACGUAAAUGGUAUUAUUUGGUUUUUGACUCAGUUGGAGAGAAAUUCUACAAGUAGCUGAAAUAAUUAAACCUCACAAAACGGACGAUUUCUUUGAGUGUUGCACCGAAAUCACGGCUGGAGAUACCGCUUAGAGAUUCUGAUUUUUAUACCUCUGUGCCAGCGAUAGCUGUGGCUGGAGACGUUAUUGUGGGUUGUGAGUAUGUCUGUACGUCCAUCCCAUUCUUGUGAAUGCAAUAUCUCAGCAAUACCUUGAGAGGAUCUCUUUAAAUUUGGCACAAACGUCCAAUUGGACUCAGCAAUGAACUGAUCAGACUUUGUUGGUCAAAGGUCAAGGUCAUUAUGAUCUUGUGUCCAUGUCAUUCUUGUAAACGCGUUACCUCAAGAAAGCCUUGAGAGAAUUUCCUCAAAUUUGGCACAAACUAAACGAUAAGAUUUGGAAGGAGAAAGUGUGCAAAAAUGUUGAAUUAACUUUAGACACAGUUUUAUACAAUUUAAAACAGUGCAUGGGCUAUGCUACUCCAAAGACAGAUUGCAUUAGAUUUUUCCUUCCUCUGUCAUUGGUGUAAAGAGGCAGACGGGACAUUAACACAUUCUCUUUGGACAUGUUGGACAUUAACUUAUCGGAAGAGUAUUUUUGAAUGUGUCCUAAAUGCCUUUGAGAAGAACUGGGAACCUAACCCACUAGUUGAUGCCCUUGGUGCCACAAGUGUUACCUUUGGCAACAAGUAUGAAACUCAGGCUGUUUGAUUUGGUAUGGCUGUAGCAAGGAAACUUAUUCUACUUAUGUGGAAGUCAGACUAUGCACCAACAUAUGAUCUGUGGAUAAGAGAGACCAUGAAUCUUUUGUAUUUAGAAAGGUUAAGGUUUUCUAAUGAGAAUAAGAUUCAAUGGAGCCCUGUACUCGAGUAUCUCAGGAGUAGUGGAUUGUAAUUGUCUGAGUAGCAAUAUACCCUCUAUCAUUGUGUAUAUGUAUUUUAUUUUACCAGUAAUGUUGAAGUCCUACGAUUUGUUUUUUGUUUUUCCACCUGUGAAGAUAUUUGUGACUGAGUUGUUAAAAUGAUGUACAGAGCAUUUGUUUUACAUUGAAAAUCCUGAAAUAAAGGUCAAAUUUGGCACAAACAGCCACAUGGACUCAAUGACAUGAUUAGAACUUGGUGGUCAAAGGUCACUGUGAUCUUGUGGCUGUGUCAUUCUCAUUAAUGCAGUAUGUUAAGAAGGUCUUAAGAGAAUUUAAUUAAAUUUGGCACAAACGGCCACUUGGACUCAACAAUGAACUGAUUAGAUUUUGCAAGUCAAGGGUCAAGGUCAUUAUGAUCUUAUAUCCAUGUCAUUCUAAUAAACGUGUUAUCUCGAGAAAGCCUUGUGAGAAUUUCCUCAAGUUUGGUACAAAUGGCCACUUGGACUCAAGAAUAAACUGCGUAGAAUUUGCAGAUUAAAGGUCAAAUGUCACGUGACCUCAAUAAACAUGGUUUUAGCCGUAACUCAAGAACUCAUGCGCUAAU